AUGCGCACAUCCACGCCCAUCGCUACGGGCAUCUUGUCGCUCCCGGAGGAGGUGCUCCAGCGCGUGCUUCUUUGUCUUGGACCGGAGGACAUGUGCGCGGCUGUCCUGACAUGUCACGCCAUGAAAGACUUGUAUGAUGCCGACUCGGUGCUGCGGUACCACAACGCCCUCAACACUGCGGGAUACCUCGACCUUCUUCCUCGCCCAGUGACUGGGGUGAGCUCGGGCUCGAGCAGCCAUCUCGACGUACGCUCGUCCGCCGACAGCGAGCACAGCCGUUCCCCUUCACCGCUUCAGAGUGUCAUCAAGUCCCCGCACACUGGCCGCCCGCGCCCGACUGUUGCCUCCGUUUCACUGGCAUCGUGGCCUGCUGUCCCACCACGUACUCGUGCCGACUAUGCGCGCCUCUCUGCUGCGGGGAAGAACAAGGCGCUGAGAGGAAGGGAAGAGAGGUGGGAGAGCCUCGAGCCCGCGCAGGUGCGGACGUUCCGUGCACAGGGCCCUACAGGGGUGUACGAGUUGCAAGAAGGAAUCUUCCUCAUGUGCGAGGUCGGAGACUUGGAUUCACCCCGGGACCGGCCAAAGAUCAUUCGCCUCGUGCCACUUCCAUCGGUCGACGACCCGGACCUCGAAGACCCUAUUGUGCCCACCAAAGCGCACCGCGUCAAGUUUCCCAUCGCCGACUUGACCAUGGACCCGAGCCAGGACCUCAUCGUCGUGUCCGAGUACGAGCCCGAGGCCGUCGACGAUGACCUUGCGCCGCCUGCGCACCGCUUCCAUCUCUUGUCAAUGAGCACCUUCGAGCCCCACCCGCUCGCCAAGUUGCCAAUGCUCGACUUUCCACCAGCCUCCGUGCCCACCAUCUGGCCCCGGCAGCUGCUGCAGGUCAUGGGCGACACAUUUGUGUCCCACAUUAGCCGCGAGGGUGUGAGCAUCAUGGGUAUCCUGCAGGAUGCACACGCCAUUCUCGCCAAUGACUCGGAGGAGGAGAUGGUGGCAUGGAACUGGAAGACGGGCGAGGUCAUGGGCCGCAUCCACCUCGGACGUACCCUCAACGCCUGCACAUUCUGCAUGCUCACUCCGACAACCGUCGCAGUCGCUAUGCCCGCCACAGUCCGCUCGUCUACCCGCCUGGGAAACUUCCACACCGAGGUCGUCGACGAGCCGUCCAUUACCAUCUACUCGUUUGCCCAGCCUACAACGACCGACGUCAAGCAGCCACUCAUGCGGGACGAGGAGGACGAGACCACCCCACGCGCCGUCGCUGUCGCGCGUCUCCGUAUUCCCGAGAUUGCGCCUGGUGCCUCACUGGAGAACUUCCACAUGCGUCCCGACCCAUCAGCCAUUCCUCCUCCAGCUGACGCCCCGACCCUUGGCCGCGGCAAGCCAUUCACGCUUGACCCGGCUCGUGGAGUUGUCGUUAUUGAAAUGACCAUUGGGUCUGACGACACGGAUGAGCCCAUCCACCUCCAGAAUGCCCACACUGAGAAUUUCGAGCUGUUCAUUCUGCGCGAGACGCUCGUCAACCUCGCCGAGGAAGGCGAGGCGCGCAGGCGCCGUGACUGGGCCAAGUUUGGUCCUGGCGCAGAGCCCGACGCGCGUGUCUACGAGUGGGAUCAAUGGGGAGAGGAGCACGCCCGCCUUCUCCCUGCCGUCCAGACCUUGCGUCGCCAGUGGGUCUGCUCGUGCUCUGGAUACCGCUUCGUCUCGCUCGUCCCGGCCAGCAGCGACUUUGGUGGCGUCCCCGUUCCGGCUCCCGAGCAGACGGCCGAGGAACUGCAGGACGACGAAAAUGGACCGUUCCCCAUCGAACCGCUUCACCUGGUCGUCAACGACUUUAACCCGUACGUUGUUGCGCGAACUCGCGCGGAAGCCCGGGAACGCGACGCGGACAUGUGGACGCAGGAGACUGCCGUCCCCAAGGACCUGGACGAGGGACAGGCCGACUUUGGAGACCACAAAUACACGGUCGCGCUGCACGACGACGCGACCACGCUCAAGGCCGGCGACGCGUGGGCCGAGGACGUCACGACGCGCCUGCCGUUCCGGACGGUCCGCAGGGCUAUCAACGGCGAUCCCGGCGGCGCCAUGGUGGACGACCAGCGCAUCUUCCUGAUCCGCACAACAGGUGUGAUGAGCUCGUGGCGCACGCAUCGCCAGGAAGUGACGGUGCUGUGCUUCUGA